AUGCUACGAUCAAACGUCAGCCGGAUCGACCCCAAAAGGCGUAAUCUCGACCACCGCAAGAAACAGUUCGCAGAAGCCGCCUACAAGGACACCGGUUACCCCCAUCGUCUCAACUUCUACUCGACCCCUCCCACAGCAGACAUCACCAUCGAGCAGUUUGAACAAUGGGCCAUUGAUAGGUUACGAAUCCUCGCCGAACUCGAAGCCUGUUCCUUCCGUAACAAAACCCCCGCCGAGACAGCCUCGCACAUGAAGCCUUUACUCGACAAAUACCUCCCCCUCGACACCAACAGCUCCUCCUCCUCUCAGCUCUUCGCCCAGCGACAAAAGGAUCACUACAGCCACUUCAUCCUGCGCCUCGCAUUUGCGUCUACAGAGGACCUCAGGCGGCGCUUCACCCGCGUGGAAACCAUGCUUUUCCGCAUGCGCCUGAACACCGACGAUGGCCGCGAGCGCACGGCGUUUAUCAACUCACUUAACCUCGACUGGGAGACUGUUUCCGACGAUGAAAAGCGCGAGCUAGCUUCCGAACUGGCAGCGACUGCCGCCUUCAACAAAAAGGGCGGAGGAGGUGGAGGACAGUCAUACGAAGAAGACCAAACGUGGUGCAAAGUCGACUGGACGCGCGUGCCCGAACUCGUCGAACAACGUCGUGUCUUUUUGCAGCAAGGGUACGCCUACGUUCCCGCGCGUGAACAACAAGCGAUGGUCGUUUCGGAGUUCUCUUCCCGGUUGGAGCGACAGCUCGAACUCACUGCCCGGGCACUCCCCAGAUUAGACGAGGACGACCGCCUUACCCCGAUCCUGGCGCACUUGAGCAAGAACUUUAUCACGCCCGACGCUUCGUAUGUCGGCACUUCAUCCGCUAUCUCGUCAGCGGAUAUCUCAGCAAGAAACAUCGACACGCUGGUGGCUAACCACCAUUUCCCGGCUUGCAUGUCGCACCUCCACCGUACACUUCGUCGCGACGCGCAUUUGAAACACUACGGUCGGCUACAAUACACGUUAUUCCUGAAGGGAAUCGGUCUCAACCUGGAAGAAUGCCUUCUCUUCUGGCGCCAGAGCUUCAGCAAGAUAACAGAUGACACGUUCAACAAAGAGUACCGGUAUAAUGUCAGACAUACCUACGGCGACGUCGGCGGCGAUAGUAAUCGGCGCGGAGGCGGUUACAGUCCAUACUCUUGCCAAAAGAUUCUUACCGAACACCCGCCUGGCCCCGGAGAGGCGCACGGGUGUCCGUAUAGACACUUUAACAUGGAGAAUCUGCAGACGCUGUUGCAGCAGGGCAUGGGCGUUACAGAUAGGGGGGUGCUGAAUGGGGUUAAGGAGGAUAAGGAGAAGCAGAAGUUUCAUAUGGCUUGUGUAAUCGGUAUGUUUUAUUUUCUUUCCUCUCCUCUCCUUUUUUUCUUCUUGGGGUUGAGAGAUUUUGGUGAUGGUGACUAA